UCUCUUUCUUAUUUUGCCAUGGAACUUUUUCUGCCUUUGAACGUUUCACCACAAUGUUUACCGACGUUAAGUUUUGGCCACAACAUCUUUCUGCUCUUUACAAAUUAACCACAACAGUUUCUACAUUUUCACUUUGAUCCCUGCCGCCUUGUCCUCCAAUCACAAUUCUUCACCGCCAUUACAUGUAUCUUCUGGACCUUUAUCCAGCUUCCUUUUCUCACUUCUUCCCCACACCGUCUCUCUCCCUCGGUGAUUGACGUUGGAGCUGUUGCUGGUGACGAAUGGUAAAGGAGCAGCAGGCGGCGACCAUUCCCGGAGGUGUUUCGUUGGUGUUGAAGGCGAACGGUGUUGGCGAAGGCAGUCCAUCGAAGUGCUCUGGGUUCUUCUGUUAACCCUUGCUCCUUAAAUCAAUUUCAUCUCCUGCUUAUCUCAAAAAUCGACAUACAUGUAGAUUUUAUUUUCCUUAGUUACUCUUUGCAAGUAUUAGAAGAUUUUUCUGCUACAACUGACGUCACUUCAUCUGGGAUACCUUAAGGUCGCUUCUUAGCACCUGCCUACUUUGCCACCUCAAUGGGAUGAGUCGGCCUCUCUUGCGUUCGGACGCAACUUAAAGCCAUAUGAUUUUAGCUUGGCUCUGCACACCUGAUGUCGUGGUCUACGACAACUCACUCAUCCUUUAUGGAUGACAUCACUGAGACCUUAUUCAUAAUGAUUGACAUGACAUCAAGAUUACUUGAAAGCUGCUUCCUCUAAAUAGGAAAUUUUGUUAUCUAUCGACAACUAUGGUGGUGUUGACUUAUUGCCAACGGAGGUAAUCAUAUAUUUCCUCAGUGCUUCCACCUCCCUCCCCCCCCCCCCCCCCCCCCCCCCCCCCCCCCCGAGAAAAAAGAUUGGCGUCCUUUAUACAACAAAACAGCAUUGAAUAGUAACAAGGUGCCUGUUUAUGGGUAACUAAUGGAUACAUGCACUUUGGUCUUCGUGAUAGAGCAACUCAUGUUUUAAAUCAUUUGAUGGAUUUGUUAAAUGGCAUUUUCUGACAUUUUUUAACAAGAAGCAUGCAAUGAAUAUUCUCUAUCAAAAACAAAACAUUGAGGCUAUCCUUACAAAGAAUACGAUAUCAGGAUAUGUUUCAUACGGAGGUUUGCGAUCAUGUAUUGUUGAUUUGUUGUACGGAUUAUUAAAGUUUGAUCCAGAAGAACGUCCGAGUGCUGAAGAAGCUCUUGAUAAUCCUUUCUUUAGGAACACUCAUGCUAUGCUUAACAGUCGUUCCUGGAAUAAUGGGCAGAUUAGCAAAGACGAUCAUGGGUCAGUAGAUAUGGCACCAAGACCUUCCUACAAUUUCACCCCAGAUGCUAAAUUGGGGAAAAUAUUGCUCGAUCAAUCCUCUGUUUUGUCGGAAUCAGAGCUGACACCAUGUUCUACUUCGUUUUCUUCCAUUGCUUCAAACGCGACCCCAAAUUGAAAGGUUAUUUUGUAGCAGUUGCCUCUUCUUUUACCUCUAGAACCUUCUGUUGCCUAAUGUUUUGACUUUUAUUAGAGGAGGUUUUUGCUGACAAGAGAAAAAAAAUAACACAGCGCCAACGGCGCGCAUCAUUCCCCUUUAGUUAUAAUAGUGUGAUAUAAUGAACCGUGUAAAUUAUACAUCUAACCUCUUCCACUUCAAUGUUAUUUUAUUUUUAUCUUUUAA